AUUUGUAUUCUGUUGUUUUUAGUAAGUAAAAUUAAGUAAGUAAGUAUUAAAAUAACAGCUCAUAGCCCGGUUUCAGAGAGCAGCAUGUUUGACAUUCCUGGUUAGAGCCUGCACCAUAGCAUAUAAUAUUUGCUGUAUAGAAUGUGUUACUUACGUGUGGUAUGUCCUGUCACCUAUGUACUAAUUACCCUAGGCAUAUCUUUGGUGCGGCUUCUAUCCAUAUGUAUUUGAAGGCAGCAAACUAGAAACAAAAUCAGAGGGACAGUGAAUGUGAGCACAGAAACAUUCAGGUCAGGAAAAGCAUCAAAGAAGUAUUUUCUUCACAGAAGGUAAGCAAUGAGCAUUGACUUUCUGUCCUUAUCACAGUGGGGAAAAUGCUGUGUGUAAAUUCGAAAAAUGAAUGGAAUUAUUCUGUGCAAAUUCUAUUCUUGUUUUUUUUUUUGUUUUUUUUUAGCCAAUUUUAUAUAAAUUAUUUAUGAUAUAACAGUAGCUUGUGUUCAAAACAUGUUUCUUUAUUUUUUCAUGUUUCCACUCACAAAUCUCAAAAAGAGUAAUGAAUAUGUGUUUGUUGUCUGACUUCUUAUUUUGUUUAUUCUUAUCAGUGAAAUGUACUGUACUGUGUACAGUAUACACAAAUAGUUAUGGGAUAAAAUGCCUUCUCUAGUUUACUCUGGAACUUUUUUAGAUGUUGGAAAGUUUUAGAGGGUAUAGACAUGAUUUUCUUUUUUGCUGCCUUUUGAAUGUCCAAUCAGGAAAAGUAGAAGGAGAGGAAAACUUUAGACACAAAGUGUAAAAUAACCAAAAUAAUACAAAUAUUAUUUAUAUACGAGCCACUUAGCAAAAUGCUUAGAUUUAAUCCUGUACUCCAGCUAGACUCUGUUGAGUGCUGCUAAUAUUCUUGAACUUAAGGCAUAACUGUCAGUCCUGAUUUUUUAUGUGCAUUUAUGUCAUUUUUGUCAUGGUUACCUGUUUCUGUGUCUUAGUAAGGCAAGAUGCUAUUAAAGGUGGAUGCUGACUCAGGCUAUGGCAGCAUGGUUGGUCCAGGUCUUGGCCUGGCAGGCAGUCUGGGGGCUUCAGAGACACUCCCUCUUCUCAUUCCAGAGGAUGAGCUAGAGCUGAACUUUUUGAAGCCCAUGACUAGAGAAGAGCUUGAGGCAGCAGCUGGUGGACCAGGUUGGAAGAAGUUUCGCUCUCGUCUGGUUCUGCUCUUCUGGUUAGGCUGGCUGACAAUAUUGUGCAUUGCUAUCACUGUGAUUGUACAGAGCCCACGGCCUGUAGCUGGUCACCUUCAGUGGUGGCAGAAGGACCUUUUCUACCGCAUACAGCCAGCCCUGUUCCUAGAUGUAGAGAGCACACGGUCAGGAGCUAUAAGCAGAGUAUCAGAGAGGCUGCCGUACCUGAAGUCUUUGGGAGUUGGGGUUAUGAUUUUGGAGGGCUUGUUCAGGUCUGAUGUCUCUCUCCUAAACCUGACUCUGAUUGACCACAAACUUGGCACUUUACCUGAGGUCCAUCAGUUCAUUACUGACAGUCACACAGCAGGUAUGAGGGUCAUUCUGCACCUCUGCAAAGUAAACACCAAUCAGACAGAGAUCUCAUCAAGUGCUUCUGAUUAUGUCCAGGAUUCAUUAAGGUACUGGCUUGAGCAAGGUGUGUCAGGAUUUGAAAUCUGCAAUGCAGACACAGAGUUUAGUGAGAAGACACUGAAAAGGUGGAGGGAAGUGGUCAAAGAGUUUGACACAGUUGGCAAUGAAAGGUAUUCUGCAGUCAUUUUAGACCUCACUGAAAUAGUUCUUCAUUUUUUUCAGGAUUGUAAAAAUGCAGUGCAUUUACUUUCCAGUUUAAACAAUGACACGGACAUUAUUCUGAGCUCCUCAGAUGUUUUUUUAAUUAUUAUUAUUUUAUUUUGCAGGAUUAUGAUGAUGAGGAAAAUAAAUGAUUCUGUUCCAGGGCUCGAUAUUUCGGAGUCAACUAUAAACAGCUCUCUGGCGGAGUUAGUUUCAAGGUCUCUGAUUCCUCCAUCCUCACAUCCAUUAUCUGCUCCUGAGGUAGCUGAAGCUAUGGAGACCAAGUUGAAGACCCUGCAUGGAGAAUGGCCAAGCUGGAGAGUGAGUAGACAUUUUGUUAAGAAAUUACAACCUAAACAGGUGGAUGGCCCUGUAGCCUGGAAACUGCAGAAAGUCAUCAUGGUUCUGAUUAUGACCCUGCCGGGGACUCCCAGUAUCAGAUAUGGUGAUGAGACUAGUCGGGUACCAAACCCGUAUUACCCGAAGCAUUCCACAGCUCUCUUCCACGCUCUGAGCCACGCUCGUUCUCAUGAAGAAGCUCUCCUCUAUGGCGCCUUCACUUUUCUCACUUCCAAUACCACAUCACUCAGCUUUGGUUCCACAAACUCCACAACCACACCACCUUUGGCCUUCCUGCGCUCAUGGGGGUGCAUUCACUUCCUGGUGCUGUUUAACUUGGGUUCAGAGUCUUAUGCUCUGGACUCUAACUGGACCUUGAGUCUUCCUGAAAGCGGAAUGUUUGUAACUAGCACAGGUCUGGAUCGCCUUGGUCCGGUGACUCUUCAAUCUAUAACUCUCCAACCUCAUGAAGCCAUUGUCAUUAAACUGUUUCAGACAGACCAUGAUUUCUGAGAGUCAGGAAAUAAGAAAAUAAGUGGUUUCAUGAAUAGCCUGAAAUAAAAAUGAUGUUUCUACAAAUAUUGUGACAUAUUACAUGAAUUCUGUACAUUAGUGCCACUAUACUGCAACUAUAGAUUUUUCUGUUAACCACAUGAGGUCAC